CAGUCCUAGACAGUUCAGAAGUUUUCAAAGACUCGCUCUGCUCUGCAGAAUCUUGUGUUCAUAACUGAGAAGUUAAGCCGCCACGUGCCAAAAUGUGCAAAGGACUUGCUGCUUUGCCCCAUUCGUGCCUGGAAAGGGCCAAGGAGAUUAAGCUCAAGUUGGGAAUUCUCCUCCAGAAGCCAGACUCAGCUGUUGACCUUGUCAUUCCAUACAAUGAGAAGCCGGAGAAGCCAGCCAAGACCCAGAAACCCCCGCUGGAUGAGGCUCUGCAGUGGCGUGAUUCCCUGGACAAGAUCCUGCAGAACAACUAUGGGCUUGCCGGCUUCAAAAGUUUCCUGAAGUCUGAAUUCAGUGAGGAAAACCUGGAGUUCUGGCUGGCCUGUGAGGAAUACAGGAAGAUCAAGUCCCCUGCCAAGAUGGCGGAGAAGGCAAAGAAAAUUUAUGAAGAAUUCAUCCAAACAGAGGCUCCGAAAGAGGUGAAUAUUGACCACUUCACAAAGGACAUCACAAUGAAGAACCUGGUGGAACCAUCGCCAAGCAGCUUCGAUGUGGCCCAGAAAAGAAUCUACGCCCUGAUGGAAAAGGAUUCACUGCCUCGCUUUGUGCGCUCUGAGUUUUAUCAGGAAUUAAUCAAGUAGUGAUUUAGUUGGUCUGUGAGGAUCGUCCAGUGAGUUAUUGCCUCCAUAAUAACCCUGCAUUUUCCGGCAAUCUACUUAGCUUCCCGUAGCGGCUUCGUUCAAAGAUACCCAAACAGGGAAAAAUCCCAGGAAUUUUUGUGAGUGUUUGCUCACUCUUUUUGUGCUCCGUAUUUUGGAUGUUUAUCUAGUGUCUGAAUGCCUGCCUCUCCCAUUUUCUUCUUCCUGCCCCAUUGAGUAUAUUGUCAUCAAAGCGAAUCAUAAUCACAGAAAAAUUCUGCUUAUGGCAAAGAAACGUAAGAUAACUAUAUGAUACCUAGAAUGUGGGCCCAUUUGGUUUAGGUAAUGGAUCUCCAUCUACCCAGACUGGUCUGAAAAAGAAGGUGGAUGAAGAAAGAUCAAUAUCAAGUGAGAUCCAUCAGUCCCAUUUGUUGUGUUCAUUCUGAUGCAGGCAGAAUUACCUCUCCUUCUCUGACCUUAGGUGGUAAAAGGUGAUAAGAAUUUUAUGAGGCAGCCAUUAUUUGAUUUUUAAGCAAAUACAUUAUUUAAAAUAUCAGUCUUCCGUUUAGAGUAUCUUCAUGCUGGCUGGAGAUCAUUAACCAAAGAUAGAACCAUAAAUAUGUGUACACAAAAUCAAUCUGAACAUAAUCCAUACUGAUUCUUUCCUUAUACCUAACUCAUUCCCCCCACUAAGUUACCAAACUCUAUUUUAAGUCAACGACCUGACAAUGGAGUAUUUAAUAAAUGUAUGUAUGCAUCUAGUAUGUAGGCCCAAUGUUUCAAUUUUCAAAUUAUUUUCAGUCCCUGUGAGUAGAAAAUUCCAAAAUUUGGAACUCCACUCAUGUAAAUUAAAACAGAUGCUGUCCAGUGCAAUUUCUCUUAACUCAGUUCUGGAGAGCUGUACACUAAAAUGGGAAAAUUUUGUCGAGCCUACAGUGGUUAAUUACCCUAUGAUGCCAUCUGCCUGUGUAGGGAAUGGCGAUUAUCUUCAAAAUACCAAAUUAUCUUUAGGAAAAAUAAUUUGAUGGCACGUGGAGGCUUUCUGAGGUGGCGUCCCAAAGGACCCCAUAUUCUGCAAAAUAAUUUGAUUUUUUAGCAACUCCGUCUUCCCUCCCUGUUUUGCUACCCAUGUUAGUGGAUUGUACUUAUCUUCAAAGCACACAUUUAUAUCCUACCAUGGCUUGCGCACAGAUGAUUGACAGGCCAUGGUAUUUCUUAGUAGUUUUAGACUUUUAAUUCCGUCUUUCAUUAUUAUAAGUCUCGCUAGAUUAUUUUUCUUAUCUUUAAUAGAUUUGACUAAGUAAUGACUUACCUAAUUUAGUGAUGAGGAGAAUCAAGCUAACCUAUGUAUGAGGCUGACCGAAAGGAUGAUGUUGAGUUAAUUUUAAAAGAACUUGUUAAGGAUGAAUAAAAAUCCUGAAAUGUUUCAGGAGAAGAUUACAUUGUUUAA